AUGUCAUUUGAAAGAUUAAAUAUUCUAUUAAAACAAAUCUCAUCAUCAAAUUCGUAUUUCUCUAUUGAAAAUAUAAUUGAAGAAUAUUUUUGUAAUAAAAAUUCUCCAUUAACAACAAUUGAACAAGAAAAAUUAAUUCGUUUAUGUUUAAGAAAAUUAUCUGAUUGGUUUAAUCAAACACCUGAACAAAUAAAACAAAUUAAAAUUAAUUUUCAUAAAUAUUUUAUUCAAACAUCUUUUUUAUUAAAACAAAAACAAUUAAUUGAUUUAUUAUUAAAUCAAUUAAAAAUUUCAUUAAAUGAUUAUUUAACAUUUCUAUUAAUUGAUUUAUAUGAAAAGAAUUACUUAAAAUUAUUAAAUGAACUUGAACAAGAAUUUGAUCUAACAUAUAUUAUUCAUUUACCUGAUCGAAUUACUAAUAUUUAUAUGAAUAAUAUUCCAAUAUGUUUUCAAUCGAAAAAUUUUUUUCAUCGUUUAAGUCAAUAUAUACAAGAACAAUUAAUUACAUAUCAUUAUCCAAAUAUGGUUGCACAAAUUGAUACAAAUAUCAAAUUUAUUUGUCAACUUGUUCAUCGGGCAGCUAAAUUAGGUUAUACUAAAUAUAUAUGGCGUCCAUUAUAUAAAAAUUUAUUUAUAAAAAAAUGUUCAAAUGAUUCACUUUGGUUACGAUUAGCUCAAUAUUUUCUAUUUGAAACAAUUGAUGAUAUUAUAUUAUAUACAAUUGAACAUGGAAAUAGUAAAAUUCUUGAUUUAUUUUUUAGUGAUCGUAUUAUUCAUUUACCAUUAUUAGAAAAAUAUUUAAUUGAUACAUUACUUUUUCGUAAACAAUUAUCAAUUGAUAUUGUACGAACAAUACUUAUUUAUUUAACUAUGUCAAAUAAUCGAAUAGAAAAAUGUUUUCAAUAUGUAUUUAAACGUUUUUUACAAAUAUGGUCACAAGAAAAUUUUAUUAGAUUUUCAUCAAAUAAUCAACAUUUAUAUAUAUGUCAAUGUAUAUCAAUAUGUUUAUCAUUUAAUCAACAAAUACAAUUAAAUAAUGAUAAAGAUACAAUAAUAAUGUGUGUUUUAAAUGGUAUUCGUUUACAUCUUGAAUCAACAUUUGAUUAUAUUAGACGACGUGGUCAACUUAUUGGUGAAUUAAUUAUUAAAUAUAUUCAUUUAUUUUCAUCAUCAAAUCAACUUAUAUUUGAUACAUAUGAUAAAAAUCAUUCAGAAGUACUCAUGUUAACAAAAUUAGCAGAAAUAGAUCAAACAUUAAAUGAUAGACAAUUAUCGGAUGAUGAUGAUGAUGAUGAAGAAACCAUCAUGAAAAAAGAACCGAUUGUAUCUAUAAUUGAAAAACCAAUAUGUACAACAAAUCGAAUUGUUCUUCAUGAUGCAUCAAUUGAUGAUGAUGAUGAUGAUGAUGAUGAAUUUGAAUCAUAUGAUUAUUCUCAUGAUACAAUUAAGUUAGAUGUUGAAAAACCAAAAUAUAUUCGAACAUGUCUUGCUGAUUUAAUAUCAACAGAUAAAAUUGAUAGAUUAGAAUCAGCAUUAAAUAUGUUACCAACAUUAAUUGAAUUAUAUAAAAUUGAAUGUGAAGAAGUUGCUUUAGAAUUAGUUCGUAUAUUAUUAAAUUAUAAUAGUACAUUUAAUAUUGAAAAUUUUGAAAAAUUACGUUUAAAUAAUUUAAUAAUAUUAUGUGAAAAUUAUCCAUUAUUAAUAAGUGAUUAUUUAUGUAAAGAAUUUUAUGAAAAAAAUUAUACUAUUCAUCAACGAAGUCUUAUACUUAAAAUAAUUCAAGAAACAGCUAAAAAAUUAUCACAAAUUAAUCAAAUUCAAACGAAAAUUCAAGAUCAAUUAUUUAUAUCCGAUGAUGAUGAUGAUGAUGAUAAUGAUAAUGAUUCAUGGCAUUCAAUUAUAAAUAAACGUUUAAAAUUAAAAACAAAAUAUAAAAUAAAAAAUAAUUUAAAAACAAAAAAAAAAAUUUUUCAAGAAAAUAAUUUUGGAAAUCUAGUUGGAUAUUUUUAUUAUCCAUUAAUAUCAUAUAUUGAUAAAAAACAAAUAUAUUUAUCAUUAAUUGAUGGUGAUCAAGAUUAUUUAUUAUUAUGUGAACUUUUAUCUUGUUUAGGUCGUUUAUGUAUUUAUGCACAAAAUACAUUAUCAUUAAAUAAUAUGAUUAAACAAUUAUUAGAUUUAUUAAAAAGUUUACAACAACAUCAAAAUGCUGGUGUACGACAUGCUAUUAUAUAUGCAUAUGCAUGUACAAUUGUUUCAAUUGGUAAUAUAUGUUAUGAUGAAUAUUUACAAUAUUAUUUUAUUGAAUUAAAACAAUGGUUAGAUUAUAUUAUUAUUAAAGAUACAAAUACUGAAGUACAAUCAUUAGCUAAAUCAGUUAGACAAAUUUUAUUAAAAACAUUACAACAUAUUACAGAUAAUUAA